AUGUCUUUUGAUAUUAUGUUAAAAAAGUUUGUUGUAACAUCUUUCUCUAAUAGUGGUACUUCACUUUUUAUUAGAACUGAAGUAAAUGAAACCAAGAUGCCAAGAUCAACAAGACUUAAAACAAAGGCUUAUCUUUUUGAAGAAGAGCAUUUUAUAGAAAACCUACCAGAAAUAAUGUUUUCAACAAAUAAAGACAUUAAUCUCUACUUUCAGUUUAGAAGAUCUGGAGACAAAAUAGCUCCAACAAAAAAGCUGAUUGCUUGUACCAUUGGUCAUCAAACAGCAAAGUGUUCUGGUCUUGGUAGCUGUCCUAAAAACUGCAUUAUGUUUGCAGUUAAGAAACCUUGGAUAGACGGAGGAUACGAGGAUGGGAUACUCACUGACCCAUUUAUAAGGAAGCAUAUCACUGAUCUGAUCAACAGCCGGGAGAGUUUAAAAAAAAGUAAGUGUAAGAACUCGAAAGAAGCAGGAAAAGCUAGACAAGAUUUCAAAAAAAAAAAGGAAAUAAGGUUUUCUGGAUUGCUAAACCAAAUAUCUAAGAUAUUCUAAAAAAGA